AUGAAUGUAAAUUUAAUAUCUAAUGUGUUAGAUAUCCCAGAAAUAUUUUGGUCUGAACCACUUUUACAACCAUUAUACAAUGCUAUUAGAACUUACCUUGAAAUCUCACAACAUGUCAAAGUUCUUAAUGAUAAAUGCAAUGCCAUUAAUGAUUUGCUUGAUAUGUUGCAUGAAGAUAUUGGAGAAAUUGCUGUUAAAUUGUUUCUUUGA